AUGGAAAAAAAUUAUAGGAGCGAUUGCAGCUGCGGUGCCAAUUGGUGUAAUCAGUUGAGUAGAAGAAUGACAACAAACAACAGACUGCUAUCAGCUUUGACGUCUAGAGUUGCUUACAUUAGUGCCGAUCCAGCCGCUUAUAAUGUGAAAAUUACGAAAGUUAAUGCGCGAAAUUUCACGCUCUUUUCUGCUAUUCAAAGUGAUGAAGUUUUGAGUAACUAA